UGUGUGAGAGAAAAGAGCUCAACACCAUGUCUACUGUCUCUCUUUAAAAGCACACACCCCUAAAUUCGUAUGUUUUUAACUGCUGCUUAAUUCAUCUUCUUCUAUAGCUAGCUAGCUGAUCAAAACUCCAAAUUAGAAAUGAAGGAAAGUCGUAGCAGCUUUUGUGAACAAGAUGCGCAUACAAGUUACAAGGAAAACCCUAGUUUUCGUGACGUCAAAGAGGAUGAAAAUGAUCAUGAUGAUAUUGAUUGUGAUUAUGAUGAAUCUGAAGAGGUUGACCGCAACGACUCUAGUAGUACUGGUGAUAGCAGCAGACCCAAAAAUGGAUCAACAUCAAGCAACAGCACUGUUGAAGAGACCAGUACUACUGAUCAUAAGAAGGCAGUAACAGGAUCAUCAUCAGUUCGACCAUAUGUUCGCUCCAAGAACCCGAGGCUCAGGUGGACUCCUGAUCUCCAUCUACGAUUUGUUCAAGCUAUUGAACGUUUGGGAGGUCAAGAAAGAGCAACACCAAAAUUGGUGCUUCAACUAAUGAAUGUUAAAGGCCUCAGUAUCUCUCAUGUCAAGAGCCAUCUUCAGAUGUAUAGAAGUAAGAAGAUCGAUGAUGAUCCGAAUCAAGAAGGUCUUGUUAAUGAGGGUGAUGAUAAUCAUAUUUUCCACCUUAGCCAACUUCCAAUGCUCCAGAGCUAUAAUCAAAGGCCACUUUCCAAUUUUAGAAACCAAGAUGGUUCAUGGAGUCAACAAGCAAACUUAAAUUACAACCCAUUUAUGGCUGGACUAAGACAAUAUGGGAUAUAUGGUUCGAUGGCGGAUAGGAUUAUUCUUGCAAGGAAUCACAUCAAGAAUAAUGCUCAUCAUUCAAGUCUCAUCAACCAAAACGAUACUAGCUGGAAACGAAUACUAAUUAGCAAUCAUAAAGAAGAAUCGUCCCAAAUGGGAUUAUUCAAGAAUCUUGAGAAUGAAUCAUCGUUGCAAGAUCACAUUCAAAGAAUAAAAUCUCGUGUGGACACAAAUGUGACCGUCGUCAAAGAUCAAGAGCAAGCAAAAAGGGUACUUAAAAGAAAAGAGACCAUCGAUCAAGAACCCGAGCUUCUUGAUCUGAAUCUCUCAUUAAAAAUUAAGAUCCCUAAAGAGGAUCUUAUUACGAGCUGCCGCAGCAGUAAAAAAAUAAAAGAUGAAAUAAUUGAUGAAAACAGUUUGUCGUUAUCAUUGUUUUCGCCAAGCAGUUCUACUUCUAAUUAUAGUACUAGUACAAGAUCAAAACAUACAAAAACGACAAUGGGCCAUAGCAGUGCAUCUCUUGACCUGACUUUGUGAAAGAGACAAAAGUUAAGUGAGAUUUUGAUGCUACCCUUGUUCCAGAAAACAUUGCACAGAUUAUUCACUCAU